AUGACCUACACCACACAGUCGGAUCAAUUGAGAACCUCGGGCAGAGCGUCAAAUGGCCGGUAUCCGGACAGGGAUGCUGACGAGGGCCUAAGACCUCGCAAGAAACAGCGAAGACAACGGCCUUCCUACAGCUGUGCAGAAUGUCGCCGCCUCAAGAUGAAAUGUGAUCGGCAGGUGCCGUGCUCGAACUGUGUCCGUAGACACAGGGUAGCAUUUUGUGAAGCAGCCUCAUCCAAUCAAGUACCAUUGAGUGACGAGCCCGACAGGCAGUCGAGACAGACGCAAGACGUCGCAGAUCAUCGUCGACUGUCAUCCCUAGAAAACGCCCCGGACAACUUGCAAUCUGCUCUCCCAGUCGACAAUCACUAUGAUCAUUCUCCACAUAAUCUUCAUAUACCGGCAUUGGAAGAGUCGCACGAGUCCGCGAGAACAUCUGGCCGUAUCCCGACGAUUCGGAGUCAAGGUAGCCGCAACGAUAUCGAUCAACUUGCUCUUCUUGCUAGGGCGCUACAGCCAGAGACUGUCCUAGGCCCUGCAUCAGUACCUACCCAUGGAAACGCUGUACCCGAGCAGCGUAAUUUCACAUCGCAGCCGGUGGAUGUUAACGAGGGCAGUGGAUCUUACGGCACACUGAUGCUAAGUAAGGGGGGUCGAUCCAGGUAUCUAGGCCCAACAGCAGGCAGUGAAUGGCUCAAAGAUUCGGAAACCCAAAACACAUCUGAUACCCCACCUGCUACUCGGCCUCCGUCUCCGAAAGCACCGCUAUCGUCCACACAAUUCCCGGGAGGAGACUGGCAUUUAGGUCCUGUCCCCGUCGCAUUCCCAUUCAACUCGUCGGCGGCGCACAUCAGCACUCAGGGAUUACUUUCACACUUACCCCCAAAAGAGAAGCGUGGACACUAUCAUGACGUUGCACCCAAGCCCGCGUUCCAGAGAACAUUUGACCGUGUCUACCAGCUCUCUGAUAAGGACACCUUGUCGCCUUCUGUUAAUCCCCAGGAGAUUGCACUCGUAUAUAUCGUCAUGGCACAAGGUACCAUGUAUAAUAUCGAGAUGCCCAACUACGACUCAUCUGCCGAAGAUUGGUUGCACCUCUCGGAACGAGCAUUGGUAAAAGGAAACUUUCUAUCGAACAAUAUGGUAGCUGGGUUACAGACCCUGCACCUUAUGGCCCAUUUGCAUCUGCAGUUAGACAAGGAUGGGCGCCGUGAUAAUGCUUGGCCGCUGUGGGGUUUGGUCAUGCGCUUGAUUCAAGCGAUGGGUAUGCAUCGGGACGGUGCUCGCUGGAAUCUACCGCAGGAUGUCGUCGAAGAAAGACGGAAGGUUUUCUGGGAGUGCAAUGCUGCUGAUACAUUCCAGGCACAUUGCUUCUCACGGCCGUGUGCAAUUAAUCCGGAACAUUGUGAUGUCGCUUUUCCAUCGGAGCCUUUGAUUUCAAGCGGAGAAAAGAGCUAUUCUAUUAUCCGAUUUGAACUUUCUCAGCUUUCGUCCGAAAUUCUGAAUAUGGCUAUGAAAGUGCGAAAACCUCGGUAUUCCGACGUUAUCGACCUAGACGUCAGGCUCGGCGAAUUUGAACGUAAUGUCCCGUUCUCACUUCGCUGCCGAGCAGCACUCUUGUCAAUGCCUUCUCGAUAUCCGCAGUUCGAGGCGGCAAUUGAAGCAUCGCCAGAACCAUCCCGCAGGUCGAUGACCAUUUCUUUUCAACAAAUGAAUCUCGCUCUCAAUAUUUCUGAGACAAUCAUUAACCUUCAUAGACCUUACUAUGCUAAAGCGCUCUACGAAGACAAGGAAGACACGGUCAGAUCUAUAUACGCGACUUCUUUCCUUACGGUUAUAGAGCGUUGCGCUGUAAGCCUGGCACUCGUCGUUCAUCGAGCGGUGGGGCUGACGUUCCUAGAUCAUCAUAUCUAUUGUAAACGACAUCCACACUCGCUUUCCCGCGGUCAGUACAAGGCAGUGGAGUUUCUGGGUAAGAAUGAGUCCCUCACCUCAGUCUUGCGCAACCCAGCUAACCCGAUGGCUACCUUUGUCCUUGCGCAAAUCGACGCUGCAAUUGACCUGUUCACUUCCGUGAUUCAACAGGGAGCCAACACGCCCCGAUACCGCCGUAACCUGCAGUGGCUUCUGAAGCUGCGCACUCGGGCUUCAUCUAAGAUCUCGGCGGCUAAGUCUACACAGAGGCCCCAAUCCCAGCGCGAUCGAGAUUCAAGCUGCCCAGGGACCAGAGAAAGAGAGGAUAGCGAAGAUGUAGAGUUGCUCGGCUGGCGAACUAGGCUUAUUGAGCGGGCUGGGCAAGAUCGUCAGACAAUCAGGACUAUAGACUUUGCUGCGACACCAGAUGGCUCUCAGCCUAAUCAUUCGAAUCCGUCGCCGAAUCAAAGCCACUUCGUAGGGUCUCAGGGUCAAAUGAGAAUCAUAGAUGGAUUGAUGCCGGGCGCGUCGUUGCCUUUCGUGACCCCCGAUUCCACCGAUGACCUGCUACAGGAAUUUUGGGAUCCCAUGCUACUUCAAGAGAUCUUUGGUCCCUCUAAUGGCUAG